GCACGCAGCCUCUGAGACAUACACCUGUAAGCACUGCAGAGAGAGCCACAUCAAGAGACAAAGAAAAGCCAAAGAUCAUGGUGUCUGCCGGGCUUCAGUUACUGGGCACUGCCCUGGCCAUCUUAGGAUGGAUCGGUGUCAUUGUGGUCUGUGCUAUUCCCAUGUGGAAAGUCACAGCUUUCAUUGGCAGCAACAUCAUCACGGCGCAGACAUCAUGGGAAGGAAUCUGGAUGAACUGUGUCGUGCAGAGCACCGGACAGAUGCAGUGUAAAGUCUAUGACUCCAUGCUGGCCCUCUCCUCAGACCUUCAGGCAGCCCGUGCCCUCACCAUCAUUUCCAUCGUAAUUGGGAUCCUGGGCAUCAUGCUGGCCAUGGCUGGAGGCAAAUCAGUUCCUCCAUUUUCAAAACAAUAA